AUGUCUAUUCGUUGCUCUAUUUCUGGAGAAGUUCCACAGGAACCAGUAGUUUCACAGGUCUCUGAAAAUGGUGUAGAUCCAAUAAAUGGUGAAAAACUUACAAAAGAACAGCUAAUAGAUCUCAAACUUAAUGAUAGUGAAGUAAUAGGAACACCAAGAAAUUUUAAUAUGACCUCAAUUCCAACAAUUUUAAAAGUUCUUCAAGAAGAGUGGGAUGCAUGUAUGUUGAAUACAUUUAAUUUAAGAAAACAACUAAAAAAAGCAAGACAAGAAUUGUCACAUUCUUUAUAUCAGCAUGAUGCUUCAUGUAGGGUAAUUGCAAGAUUAUCAAAUGAACUUAAUGCUGCUAGGGAAGCAUUAUCAACACUACAACCUCAAUAUACAAUUAAUGGUAAUGAAGGUGUCGAUGGCGAUGGGGAUGAUAGAAUGGAGAUUAGUACAGAAACAUUCCCUGGUAUCGAUGAAGAAUUAGUUGAAAAAUUAAAGGAAGUUCAUGAUGAACUGAAUAAAAAUAGAAAGAAACAAUCUAAAAAUAUACCUAAAGAAUUGACUACAGUUGACGAAAUAAAAGAUUUUAAAGAAAUUGCUUCAUUAUCAGGAUUUCAUAGUACUUCAAAUCCUGGUAUAACAUGUCUUGAUAUCAGUAAUGAUUUAUCAUUAACUGGAGGCACUGACAAAACGGCUGUCCUUUUUAAUAUGAAAAAUGAAACAAUUGAGCAAACUUUUAAAGGCCAUAACAAAAAAGUUACACAAGUUAUUAUAAUGCCUGAUACUACAACAUUUAUAACCUCAUCUCUUGACUCAACUGUACGUUUAUGGAAUAAAAACGAUGAAAAUGCUACAAUGACUAUAAAAAAACAUACUGAUGGAGUUACUGAUAUUUCUCUUCAUCCAACAAAACAACAUCUGUUGUCUGUCUCAAAUGAUUCAACUUGGGCAUUUACUGAUAUAAAUGUUGGUAAAACUCUUGUUAAAUGUUCUCAGGGAUCUGAUACAAGUGUAAGAUUGGCAUGUGGACAAUUCCAUCCUGAUGGUGUAUUACUUGCAACUGGUGGUACAGAUUCAAUAAUAAAUAUCUGGGAUAUUAGAAGUCAGGAGAAAGCUUCUGAUUUACCUGGUCAUACAGGUUGUAUAAGAACUAUCAAUUUCAGUGAAAAUGGUUAUCUUCUUGCAUCUGGUGCUGAUGAUGGUAUAGUUAAAAUGUGGGAUUUAAGAAAACUUAAAUUACGCGAUUCAAUUGAAAUUAAUAAUGGUGAUACUCCUAUUAACCACUUAGUUUUUGAUAACACUGGAACAUAUCUUGCAAUUGCAAGUAGUGAUGUUCAUGUACUAACAGUCAAACCGUGGAAUAUAGUUAACAAAUUUAAAAAUCACUCUUCUACUGUUACUGCUGUUGCAUUUGGAGAAUUAGCUAAAAAUAUUUAUUCCGUUGGUAUGGAUAGAAAUUUAAAAAUUUAUGGAAAUUAA